GUUCAACGCAAACUGCAUUUGAUCCCGGUCUUGAAUACUGCAACUUCCGUUCUCUUGAAAUCUUACGAAUAACGGAUAUUUCAUCGGAAACAGUUUAAAAAUAUUGCAUAAAUGAUUUUACCAAGCAAGUUUUAAAGUUUUGGGAAAAUGUGACGGGUAUUACAAUUGGAAAUGGCAGUACAUGGGAGUGUUACAAAAGCAAUCAAGUUCCAUUGAUCAUUGAUUUACCGAUGAUAAUUUAUUAAGUGAAUAAAAGUUAAUCUUUUGAUUCUUCAAUAUUAUCAUUAAAAAAAGCUACAUCACGUGCAUUACGAUUAUUAUUAACGUACGCGAUUAUGAUCUUGACGUACACGUGGAUACGUAGUUUUAUUUUCGUUGCUAUCACUUCAUUAGCAAGUUGUAGCAUGCUUACCACGUUUCCAGCGAACACAGAAUCGAGCGCUGAAUAUCUCAAAAAAGUUAUGCUUGAGCUUCGCGACAUGAAUUUGCCACCCUCUUUUUUUGCGCCUGAACACUCCACCGGAUCCUUUUACUUCGAUGUCGAUGACAGACAUUAUCUCGCUAGUAAGCGACACUCUGGAGACAAAAGGCAAAUUCAACAAUACUUGAGCAACGAAAAUGGUUUGGCCUUACGAACCUCGCCACUUGAAACUGUCGCGAAAAAAAUUCGACCAGCUCAUCUUGAUGCAAUUGUCUCUGAUCAGGUUCACGCUCCUAGAACUUCUUCACAGCAAAAUUUAGCGGAAAUUCCGGAAAUGUCGAAUUUGAAACUUAAUACUGCUAUUUAUAAACACCCGAUCGGAAAAGGAAAUGUUGGUAGCCUUAAUGCACUUGUCGAUGUUCUUCGCCACAGACAAUUACAAAAAAUCAUGACUAAUCAGUUGGAAACUAGAUCACCUAAUCCAAUGUACAGUUACUAUUUUUAUCCGCUGAAGACUGUCAUGAACGAUAUUCGUCACGGAAAUAAUUUAUUUCCGGCAAUGCACUUGAGGCCAGAAACUGCUGCCUCGAUGGAAAACUCACAAAAAGAUAUGGGUAACCCACUGUUUGUGGCAAUCAGCGGAUUUAUUGGCAUGGCUAUCUUGUUCAUGAUCGGUGUUUUGUUGUUCCCACGUCUUACGGAAUUUCGUUCUCGGUUUGCCGAAGAUGAUAAAUUUCUCCAUCUUACAAAAACUGUUGGCGAAGCUAUUGAUCAUCACAAUUGCUCGGCUAUUGAUUCUUCUUACACGAAUCUCGACGAAAGAAUUCGAGUUUGGUGUCCACCUGUGAAAAUACCAAGGCCUUCAUCAGUAGUGCUACUAACCAAAAAAUCAGCACUGCAAAAGGAAGCGAAGAGACGAAAAAAAAUAUUCAAAAAGUGUAAGUCUGUUGUGUGCAAAAAAAUUAUGAACAAAAUGUUGUAACAGGAAAUUAUUUUUUAUUGCAAAUAAAAUAUAUACCGUCAUAAUUUCUCCCUUAAA